AUGGAGAACAAGGAGCUGAAGUAUCGGGAUGUGAGAUAUUGCGUUGAACGCCCUGUGUUUUACGAGCAAGAACUUGGGGUAUCAUUGCCUAGAUCCACAAAUACCAUACGGUCGAUUGUUGGUGCAGCCAAACGUAAAGUUAGAUGUUCUCGCUCCGAGCUGAAGGCCUUGUUGUUCCAGUUCAUCCCGAUUCUCCACUGGCUGCCUCACUAUCCAGUCAAGGAAUGGUUUCUGGGGGAUAUUGUGUCAGGGAUCAGCGUGGGGAUCCUUCAGCUUCCACAAGGUUUGGCGUAUGCUCUUCUUGCCGGAGUGCCGCCUGUUUUUGGAUUGUAUUCCUCCUUUUUCCCAGUGUUUGUUUACUCAUUUUUCGGCACAUCCAGGCACGUGUCAGUGGGUAGUUUUGCUGUGGUCUCCAUCAUGAUCGGCAGCAUCACUGAGUCUCUGGUGCCCAAUGACAACUUUAUGUUGCUUGGAAAUGAAACUGUAAUUGAUACUGUAGCAAGAGACAAAGCCCGAGCGGAGCUGGUGGCUGCAAUCACUCUACUGGUGGGGCUAUUCCAGCUUAUCCUGGGCCUUGUGCAGUUUGGAUUUGUGGUCACUUACCUCUCAGAGCCACUGGUCCGGGGUUACACCACCGCAGCUACCAUUCACGUGACUGUGUCCCAGCUGAAGCAUAUAUUUGGCCUCCCUCUGAGUGAACGGUCACAGCCUCUGUCGUUGAUUUAUUCUUUAGUCAGUUUGUUCCGCAGAAUCCACAAGACGAACAUUGGCACGCUUGUUGUGAGCCUCAUUGCCCUGGUUUUCCUCUUUGCAGUCAAAGAAGUCAACCAGAGGUUCCGUUCCAAAUUAUUCAUGCCCAUCCCUAUAGAAUUGGUGGUGCUCAUCGUUUCUACUGCAAUAUCAUAUGGAGUGAAUCUUCAUGGAAAUUAUGGUGUAGGCAUUGUGGGGGAUAUUCCUACUGGGCUGGUAGCACCAACAGUACCCAAUUAUGAGUUUUUUGCCAGUGUUGCUGGGAAUGCCUUUGCCAUUGCUGUGGUUGGAUAUACUAUCACUAUAUCGCUGGCUAAAAUGUUUGCAAUGAAGCACGGUUAUAAGGUAGACAGUAACCAGGAGCUGAUUGCACUUGGAUUAAGUAAUCUCACUGGCAGCUUUUUCCAUUGCUUUGCUGUCACCUCAUCAAUGUCCAGGAGCCUUGUACAGGAAAGUACAGGAGGAAACACACAGAUUGCUGGAUCCAUAUCUGCGGUCAUUAUUUUGGUGAGCAUUCUCAAGGCAGGGGAGCUCUUUACAUGCCUUCCAAAGGCAAUACUUUCCUCCAUCGUCAUUGCCAACCUGAAGGGCAUGUACAAGCAAUUUAUGGAUAUACCCCUCCUAUGGCGGACUGACAGAUAUGAUCUGUUUAUAUGGCUUGUGAGCUUCUUGUCAACCAUCUGCCUGAACCUGGACAUUGGACUGGCUGUGGCGGUCGUAUUUGGAGUGUUCACAGUCACUUUCAGAACUCAGUUGUCUCAUUACUUCAUUCUGGGGCAAGUUGCCGAGUCUGAUAUCUACAGAGAGGCAGAAGAGAAUACCUUGGCCAAAGAGAUUCCCGGUGUGAAGAUUUUCCAAUCAAGUUCACCCAUUUACUUUGCCAAUGCAGAAUUAUAUGCAAAAUCCCUGAAGAUGAAGAUGGGGGUGAAUGUGGACAAACUGAUAGAGAAGAAGAAGAAAGCCAUUCAGAAAAGGAGGAAAGGCCUGCAAAAAGUAAUCAACCUAGCCAAAAUCAUCCUGGCUAAAACACAAAAGGGAAGCGGAUUAGAAUUUUUGACAACUAAAGACGAUGUGAUUGGAAGUCUGAAGACUCUGAGUGAGUCCAUCCCACAGUCUUCGGUCACCCUCCGCUCUUUAGGUUUGGAGAAACUUGACUUUCGCUCCCUCAUAUUGGACUUUUCAGCUGUCAGCUUUGUAGACACAGUUGCAGCGAAAAUGUUAAAAAAUAUCUUCACGGAAUUUCGCGAGAUUGAAGUAGAAGUCUAUAUUGCAAACUGUCAGUCCUCUGUGCUACAGCAACUGGAGAACAACAAUUUCUUCAAUGAAAACAUCACGCGGGCCGCCAUAUUUGCUUCCAUUCACGACGCAGUUUCCUACAUUUCCAGUGGACAGAGCAGCGAAUCCAGCUCGGUGUCAGAAAUCACAGCUAUCUAG